AUGACCAUCGUCGACACGACCGGCAUACACUUUCUGCCGGUGAGAUGGUGUGGAUGCGCCGGCGCGGCCAGUCAUACCUCUCAGCUCCUUGACUGUGGCCUGUAUCCGGCCAGUCAACGUGCCGCUCGAACGUGCUUCACAUUCACCGUGCUCGAUGACUUCCUGCUCGACAACCUUGAGUGCAAGACGACGGCGAUGAACUACUACCGGCGUCUUCGCCGAGUCACUGAUCCUGUGUUCCCCCAUGAGGUGCCGGACCGAUAUUUGGAGCUCCUCAGAGUGAGUCGGGAGUGGACCCUGCUGCAAGCCAAGAAGGAGCAUGGGUACGGGCCGGCCUGGCGUGGGGUUCCGGGAGACGGUGACCUUGCGAAUUUCUGUGCUGCAUGCCCGCAGCCCGGUGUAAAUAUCCCACACGAGUGGCAGGCCGACGACCGAGACGCCGGCAGCUAUUUGUACGCCCGAACGUACGUCAUGGACGGAAACUUCCACGCUGAGCAGAUGCGGAUGCGGAAUCCAGGGAACGAUGUUCCUCUUAUGCCGGGAAAGAUGUUUAUGGUCAACCCCGGGCCUUACGAGGACCACCUGCUGGUGGCGAAAGAAGUCAAGAUGGUGAGCUUUACCACUCGGGCAAUAACGCUCGGCCCGGUGUUGACGAGCGGACAGCCCUCCACCUGCCACGAUCAUAAAGCGGUAUCGCAGGCAAACGCCGACAGACACAAGCUGGCAGUCACCGGCAUAGGUGCAACAUCGUGUGCCAGACACGGCUGCUUCGUGCCUCAUUCGGUGGUGAACUUUCAGAAAGGGGAGCGCCAAAUGAACAUGGAUUACUCCCUAUCAAAUGCCCUCGGGUAUCAAUCCAAGGGCCUCACCCACGUCUACCUAUGUUAUGACAUCAUUUGCCAGUACCAUGUGUAUCUCGACAAACGCGGUCUGGUGCUGUACAAGUGCAUCGGCCUCUUCCACGUACACGGCCAUCAGGCAGUGUGCGAGCACCCGGACGAUGUCGACGUCCACCGGCAGGAAACACUCGACCGGCACAUGAAUGACUGGAACUGGAAGAAAAUGAUUACCAUGGUGGCAUCCCUAAGGAGGAAGAUAAAGGCGAACCGGCCCCUGCUCGCCGAGAUGAAACAGGACCUCUCGGCGAAGGAGUCAGGAUUGAACGCCGAGACUCUGCAGAGCUGGAAGCGCGAAUUGAACAUCGCUCAACGCCGGCGCCUCACCAAUACAGACCUCCUGGUACAGCUCACCGAGGCCGAAGGAAACGGUGGCCGGAUUGUCGGGACUGCCGAGUGGAUCGCCGAGGGCCUCAAGCUUGAGGAGCUACAACUUACCAUCCGAAGAGACGUCAAGCAGCAAGGCGAAAAGAUCACCAAGCCUCAGCAACUGAAGCUCGCUCAACGUCGGAAGGCCCUGGAGACACGAAUCCGACGGUUUCACCGGCAAGCCAACGCAAUCAGCCACCGGGCAGACUGGGGUGUUGAUGAAUCCGAGGCAGAUGAUGAGGAAUGGGAGGAUGAAGGCCCGGUCGUCGCCCGGGAGCCACACGGCCCAUGGAGUAUGUUCACCAGCCGGCCGAAGCUUCCGCACAGCGAGAACAUGGCCGAGCAGACCCCGCUCGGGCUCCCAUCCAACUUAUCUCCUGUCGUGUUUGAUGAUGAGAGUCUGAAACGUCUGGCCGAGCAGGAACUCACCCUUCGGCGUGGGCAAGCCAAUGAUGCGCUCCACCAGCUCCGCCUCCUUCUGGGCCACAAGUCUUUUCAGUUUCGUACCAGCAUUCGGCAUGGCAAGUCCAACACCAAGCGCACCCGAGCAUUCACCACAAUGAACAAGCUCGACCGGGCCGUCUCUAUUCAUGCGUCAAUCUACCGGAGGUGCAGAGCUGCCAUGGUGGUCCUCGGUCUCUCAGAGGAGGAGCAACUCAAGUAUCAGCGUCUCAGUAAAGAGGACCUCAAUGUCACCACCGCCAUCGCCGAACCAAACAAGCCCGGCCAGAGGCACAAAUCGACGUCAUGGAUCUGGAAUAUCGAUGUCGGAGGAGAUCUCGACAGGAAUGAUACACUCUCAAUCAUUCACCGGAUUCACUGGUUCCACGCACGCUCCAAAGUUGAUCGCCUGGAAGAAGAGGCCGGCAUCUUACGCCGGGAACUUGAUUCGGUGGGGAGGUAUUUCUCUCACCACGCCGAGAUGUGGAGAGACCGGGCUAUCCAGCACCCAGGCGAUGAUUAUGCAGGGUUCGCUCCGUACUGCCGGAAGCGUGCCGCGAUGUACGACCGUUUAUACCGAGAUGCUCAGCAGACGUAUAGGGAUGUUUAUGCUGACCCGAACAUUUUUACGUAG